UUUCGAGAUUCCGUCGCGAGCGGUUCGCUGCCCGAUCUCCCCACGUCGCUCACUCCAUCCAGGCCGGAUCCGGCGGUCUUUCGACGUUCCGCGCACAAAGUUAUAUUUAAUUCCCGAUGAAUGAACGAAAACGCAUCAAAUCAACGCACACAACACGAGAAACAAGCAAAGAAAAUUAAUCUAAUCAAUCCGCUGGCGGCCAUUUUUGGUUGGCACUUCUUCAGGACUGUCGUCGCAGGUUUUGCCCCCUGAUUUGUAAGUGCAAUUAAUUCGAGUCACGGCAGAACAGCGAAAAAAUUAGCUCGAGAAAAUAAUUUGCAACACGUGUUAUACCACAGUGCGUAUGAGAAAUAUAUCCCCAAUAAGUUUGUGUUAGUGCGCCAGUGUCUGUGAUCCAGUUGAGUGUGUGCGUGCGUUACCGGCACAUGGCUUCGAUUUGAAAAGUUUGGCAAAUAUGCAAAUCGAGGAAAAACCACACGGCACAGAUCAUCGAUUGUUUUGCCAUUUCUAACAUUUGUGGAUAUAGAGUUAUCAGAAUAAGAAAAUCUAAGCAACAAAAGCACAAAUCCAAGCAUAAUAAAAAUAACAAACAAAAAUUAAAAACAAACACGGAUACGUAUCAACAAUAAAUAAUCAAAAUACAGCGCUCAAAUAACCAAAGAAUUAAGCAAAUAUUAGAUUAGGUUAUUCAAUUCCCUAGUUCGAUUGGAGUAUUCUGUCUUGCACUUAGCCCGGGGUCGUUGGAAUUUACCCAACCAGCCAAUUAAAGCUCCGAUUCCCGCAGAAAAUGUUACAGCAUCCCGCCACUGAUUUCUACGAUUUGGCGGCGGCCAAUGCGGCUGCUGUUCUCACCGCCCGCCACACGCCUCCUUACAGUCCCACGGGUCUCAGUGGAUCGGUGACGCUGCACAACAACAACAACAACAACAGCGCCACCAGCAAUAACAACAACAGCAGCACGCUGGACAUCAUGACGCACAACGGCGGAGGAGGAGGUGGCCUCCAUCUGAACAGCGGCAGCAACGGAGGCGGCGGAGUGGUCAGCGGAGGAGGCUCCGGCGGCAGGGAGAACCUUCCCAGCUUCGGCUUCACCCAGGAGCAGGUGGCCUGUGUCUGUGAGGUCCUGCAGCAGGCGGGCAACAUCGAGCGACUGGGCCGCUUCCUCUGGUCGCUGCCCCAAUGUGAUAAGCUGCAGCUGAACGAGUCCGUGCUGAAGGCGAAGGCGGUCGUUGCAUUCCACCGCGGCCAGUACAAGGAGCUGUACCGCCUGCUCGAGCAUCACCACUUCUCGGCCCAAAAUCACGCCAAGCUCCAGGCCCUGUGGUUGAAAGCGCAUUAUGUGGAAGCCGAAAAACUGCGCGGAAGACCCUUGGGUGCUGUUGGCAAAUAUCGUGUUCGCCGUAAAUUUCCACUGCCCCGCACCAUUUGGGACGGCGAGGAGACGAGCUACUGUUUUAAGGAGAAAUCCCGCUCGGUAUUGAGAGACUGGUACUCGCACAAUCCAUAUCCAUCGCCCCGGGAGAAACGCGAUCUGGCGGAGGCCACAGGACUGACCACCACGCAGGUUUCCAAUUGGUUCAAGAAUCGACGACAAAGAGAUCGAGCCGCCGAACAUAAAGACGGCUCCACGGACAAGCAGCACUUGGACUCUUCCAGCGAUUCGGAGAUGGAGGGCAGCAUGUUGCCCAGUCAGAGUGGCCAGCAGCAGCAGCAGCACUCACCGGGUAACGGGAGUGGCAACAACAACAACAACAAUGGCCUGCACCAGCAGCAAUUACAGCAUGUUGCCGCCGAGCAGAGCCUGCAACACCACCCACAUCAGCAACAUCCCGCCAGCAACAUCGCCAGCAAAAACAGCAGCGCCAGCGGAGGGGGUGGCGGAGGCGGAGGGGGCGUGAGUGCCGCCACUGCACAAAUGCAGAUGCCUCCGCUCACCGCCGCCGUGGCCUAUUCGCACCUGCACAGCGUGAUGGGGGCCAUGCCCAUGACCGCCAUGUACGACAUGGGCGAGUACCAGCACUUAUGAUUCUAGUUGGAGGCGGCCGCUGCCGCCGGAGGCAGUGGCGCGAUCAGCGGGGGGGUCGACGGAGGGGUCACCGGCAGCGCCAACAUCGCCUGGCAGCAGCGACAGCGCCACCAGCAGCAGCAUCAGUCGGAGAGCUUCUUCUUCUGAGGAUUGUUACUUAGCAAUAUUGCAGGAGUCCACCAGCAUAGCAACACAAACCCAACAUAUCGCUCAAUUACCGAAAGGCUGUCAUGACUCAAACACACCGAUUGCUAUAAAAAAUACUUUUGCCAUCACCUAGCAAGAGUAAAGGUGAAGCCAUAAAAAGUUUUUGGAAGGGUUUCUCAACAUCAUGUGAGGAUUCUAGAUAAACAGGAGGAAAAACAGUCCGAGAAAGUGAACUAAAAGUCGAAUCUGUAGGAAACCAAAAUUUGCCUCACCAACAUUUUGUAACCCUUCGCUUAAAAAACCAAUAUUGCAGAUAUAUAUAACAAAAAUUUCUUAAGAAACAUAAAUUCUAGAAAAUGGAACACAUUUUAUUUUUUGUUUUACAAAAAUUGUACAUUAUUAUCAGAAACUUCAGAGGGCCAUAAGAGUCACUUAACUAAACAUGAUAUUGAGAAAUAAUUCCGUUGUCUUUCUACUAAGUCGUGGUUUGAGUUAUAACAGAAUUUUGGACUAUUACCGAUAUGCAAUCAUAAACUACCACACCUUCUAGAUAAAAAAGCAUUUUUCGCAACGAGAGAUAGAGAGAUGAAGAAAAGGAGAGACAAAGGCACCCAGCUGCAGCACAAGUUUACGGUUAAACUCCAGAAGAAAACACUUGAAACUAUGAUUACUGCAUCGAUCUGUGUAAAUAGCUAGGCUUUAGUUUUAGAGCGGUUGGACGGCCAGCCGAAAUGCAAAUCAAAUCGAAACGUGCAAAAAUUAUAUAUAUACGUACAUGCAUAAAUUAUACACUUUAAAUUGUAGCCCCUAGUAAUUCUAUUUUUGUUAAAAAUAAAUUCUAUUAAAUUAUUUUCAAACGCA